UACUCCCUCUUGCGGUGGGUUUUCUCUUAGCCUCCCACACCCUUCAAUGUCCACCUCCUUCCCACAUCACAAGUACUACUCUCUAAGGUCUCCCAACAAUGUCGGAAGACGCCACCAUAGACGCUUCCCCGCCCUUGUCCACUGCUCAGCCACCUCCACUGCCAAGGCCAAGCACAAAGCUGACCAACUAGUCAUUGUACCAAGACCCUUAACCCCACCCCCCAUUACCAAAACCCCUGACCGCCCCUCGAUCAAGGACCCGGAUUUAUUAUCUACAUGGCCUCAUCGAGCUUGGGUGGCAAGCGGGUGCACCACCGUGCUCAUUUCUUUAUUGAAGUGUGCCACAGGUUCAGCCCAUUCACAUAUAUGGCUAGAACCUGUUUUGGCUGGCCUAAUUGGCUAUGUGCUUGCAGACCUUGGCUCAGGGGUUUACCAUUGGGGCAUUGAUAACUAUGGUGAUGCCUCAACUCCUGUGUUUGGUUCUCAGAUUGAAGCAUUCCAGGGCCAUCACAAGUGGCCCUGGACGAUCACCCGCCGCCAGUUUGCCAACAAUCUACACGCCCUGGCUCGUGUUGUCACCUUUACCGUGCUUCCUCUAGAUCUUGUCUUCAAUGAUCCAGUUGUACAUGGCUUUGUUUGGGUGUGCUCAGGCUGCAUUAUGUUCAGCCAGCAGUUCCAUGCCUGGGCUCAUGGCACAAAAAGCCGCCUCCCUCCGCUAGUGGUGGCGCUGCAAGAUGCUGGACUGCUAGUGUCGAGAUCACAGCAUGCUGCCCACCAUCAUGCACCUUAUAACAAUAACUACUGUAUUGUGAGCGGAGUUUGGAACGAGUUCUUGGAUGAGAAUAAGGUUUUUGAGGCCUUGGAGAUGAUCUUGUUCUUCCAGCUUGGUGUGCGGCCGAGGUCUUGGAGCGAGCCUAACUUUGGCUGGAUCGAAGAGAUUGAAACACCUUCACAAACUACAGUCUACUGAUCAUUUUUUUUUCUCCCUCUCCUUGCUAGAAUUGCAGGGUUUGGGGACUAUAAAAAAAUUGCAUUAUGUAUUUAAUUUGGAGAUUCAUUCCUAAAAAGUGAAUAUGUAUAUGGUCAUUGGCUGCACAACCAGGAGGAACACAUUCAUGCUAUAAUCACUCGAUCCAGUUUAAUGUUAUAUCUCCCGAUCGCUUCCA